AUGAGUAGCAGAGCAGCCCAAAGAUUGUAUUCCACUGCCGUUAAAUUGGCCCGUACUCCCUUAUAUGAAUCUCAUGUUCGUUUAGGGGGGAAAAUGGUUCCUUAUGCUGGGUUUGAUAUGCCUGUUUUAUAUAAGGAUCAAAGUCACAUAGACUCACAUAAUUGGGUUAGAUCUAAAGUUGGGCUUUUCGAUGUUAGCCACAUGUUACAACAUAACGUUAGCGGUAAGGAUUCUGUUGAGUUUCUUCAAAAGAUCACCCCCAUUGAUUUGAAUAGUUUACCAAUUGGAUCUUUCAGCUUAUCCGUUUUGCUCAAUGAACAAGGUGGUGUUAUUGACGAUUGUAUUAUCACCAAACAUGGGGACUAUGAAUACUACAUAGUGACCAAUGCGGGAUGUAGAGACAAAGAUGUUGAAUUCAUCAAGAAGGAAGCAGCCAAUUUUGGUGAUGUUUCCCAUUCUACUUUUGAAAGUACUUUAUUAGCAAUCCAAGGUCCUAAAGCUGCUGAAUUGUUACAAAAGUUCACUAAUGAAGAUUUAUCCAAGAUAUAUUUUGGACAAGCUAAGUACUUAAAAUUAUCACCAUUUGGAGAUUCUCCUAUUCAUUUAGCCAGAUCAGGUUAUACUGGUGAAGAUGGAUUUGAAUUAUCUAUUCCAUCAUCUUCAGAAGUUGAAACAAAGGCUUCUAUUCUGUUUUUCGAUUCCUUGAUUGAAGAAAACCCAGAUUUAGUCAAACCAAUUGGGUUGGCUGCUAGAGAUUCCUUAAGAUUAGAAGCUGGAAUGUGUCUCUAUGGACAUGAACUCGCAGAAGAUAUCACCCCAGUGCAAGCAUCAUUAUCAUGGCUAAUCCCCAAAUCAAGAAGAACACCUGAAACGGCUACAUUCAAUGGUGCCUCCACCAUUUUAUCUCAGUUAAAGGAUAAAACUUUGCUCAAAACCAGAAGAAUUGGGCUUGCUUCUAAGGGCCCAGCCCCAAGAGAUCAUAAUAAGAUCUUCAAUGUGGAUGGUGAAGAAAUCGGGUACGUUACUUCUGGAUCACCAUCUCCUACUCUUGGAGGCAAUGUUGCACAAGCAUAUAUUAAUAAGAAAGCCAAGAUUGGAGAACUAGUUAAACUCGAGGUUAGAAACAAGUUAAGAGAUGCUACCAUAACCAAAUUACCAUUUGUGGCCUCCAAUUUGUAUAAACCAUAG